CACGUUUGUGCGUAAAGAGGCAGCCCCCCGCCGCCCCCGCCCCCCAUUGCCGGGCACCUUUUUCGGAAGCAGCCCGUCUGUUUCCUUGCAGCGCUGUCAUCCAGUGACUGUUUCACCGUGGCUUCGGGUCGUCCCAGUGGUAACCAUGACAACCGAGAGGAGCCCAAAGUGAAUCCAAGAGGGGGAAGCUGCGGCGUCAUCUUCUCGAUUGAACACUUUUGUGGGGGGUUAUUUUUAAAGAAGGCUGACGCACCCCUGGCCACCGGCAGGCUGCGAAGUGGUCUAUUUAAAGUGUCGCCCGUGAGUGAACUUGUCAAAUAUAUGAAGCGUCAGGCUUGCUCCUCUUGAGUAGAAGUGUCAUUUACUGUGCGUAAAAGUCCCGAGAGGAACCAUGGGCAGCUCUCACCCCCCAGUGCUCCUCUACAUGCUGCUGUGCGUCCACGUCGGAGUGGGCCAGCACUUCCUCCGCCUCCGUCCAUCCCCCAGCGACCACCUGCCCGUGCCUGACCUCAAGGAGGACCCCGACCCGGAUUACGACCCCCGGGAGCAGGACUUCUCCGAAAGGACUCUGAGGAAAAAGCUGGGCAGCCACUUUGACCCCAACUUCAUGUCCAUCGGCGCGCCGGUGCUCAGCAACCACUCGGCGCCAGACUUCAAGCUGCAGGGGCCCAUGCCCAACGAGAUCAAGAAGCUGGAACUGACCGAGACCCCCUACGGCAAGCGCGUCAAGGUGGGCAAGAAGGCGCGCAGGAAAUUCCUCCAGUGGCUGUGGACCUACACGCACUGUCCCGUGGUGUACACCUGGAAGGAUUUGGGGGUGAGGUUCUGGCCGCGCUACAUUAAGGAGGGCAACUGCUUCUCGGAGCGCUCCUGUUCAUUCCCAGAGGGGAUGUCUUGCAAACCCGUCAAGUCCAUCAACAAGAUUUUCCUGCGGUGGUACUGCCAAGGCUUUUUAAGACAAAAAUACUGUACGUGGAUACAGGUGCAGUACCCCAUCAUCUCAGAGUGCAAGUGUUCGUGCUGAUCCCCGACGCGCUGCUGGGAGCUGUGUGGAGUGGACUGGUUUCUAUUGCACUGUUAACUCUCUACAGAGGUGGGCACCAUAGCAAAUCUAUUUUUUUAUAUAGCAUUUUAAAGUGAAAUACCAACAUUGUACAUAUUUAAGAGGAAUGCAGCUAUUUUUUCUAAUUGAACCAGGACCAUAUUUUAUUGUCAAC